GCUAAACGCGAAACGCUUGCACGACACGCCGACAGAGGGCGGUAAGUCACGUGCGCGCGCGUUGGGCGACACGAAAUGUUACUAAAUGCGAAGCAAUUUUUAUUUUUCCGAGAAUUAAUGCAAUUUGCAUCGCAUCCUACGAGCCGGAUAUCUAAUCGGAUUUUCGCGAAGCGGCUUCUACCGCGAUUACAACGAUCGCUCGUUUAUCGCGAUGGAAAAGAAGGAAAAAGAGAGAAAAUUAUCCGCGAGAAGAGACCGGCUUGAAGUUGUCGCAGUUUGACUUCCUUAUUUUUGCAACAAUGCUUACCUGCCUUGUUCAGUGAGGCGAAGCCGCAAGCCGACGGUCGAAUCGAGCCCGUAAGCUGAUAUUGAAACGUAAAAAACAAAAACUAAAAUGCAGGAAGAGAAAGCUCGCGCGGGCACGCAAACCGGCGGCAGGUUCAUCGAUACGCUGGUCGCACAAUGGAUGAACCGAACGGGAAGCAAUAUUCCGUUUCAGCAAGCGGAAGAGCAGGUAGCCGAGAGUUCGAACGCGCAGGCAGACAAGCGGCAAACCCAGCAGAGUCAAGAAAGUGUGAUUCAAAGUCUAAAACGGAAACUGAAGGAGAGCCAAGAGGCGGAGGCUUCCUUAUCCGCCUCCUUGGAGACGGAGGUGCGCAACAGGGAGGAGAUUCAAACCAAAGUGAACGCCACUUGGGUGUACAUCGAGAAUAUCACGGAGUAUUUCAAUUACAUCAAAGAGAGCCUCGCCAGCUUUCAGCAGCACCGCGACAAUUUGUCCAACUUGUAUGAUAGCGUGAUUUUGAAGCAACAGGAAGCCAUCCAAAAGCUGCAGCUGAACGACACGAGGUCGAAAGAUCUGGAGAAUCGUGUCGCGCAACUGAAAAAUAAGUCGCUACUUCAAGAGGAAAGAUUACAAGAGGCAGUGGCGGAGCAGAAUAAAUUGCGGAAGCAAUUGGAAAAUUCUGAAUACGAGCUGCAGUUGCAAAGAAAUGAAUUGACGAAUGCACAUGUCGAGGAAAAGUUGACACUCGUCAAAGAGCAGCAACGGUUGGUCUUAGAACAUGAAAAUUUACAAUCGAGACUGCAGACGAUCGAGAAAGAGAAAUGCGUCAUCGCGAAAUCGAGCGUACAACUAGAGAAUAAAUUGCUACUUGAAGAAAAGAAAGUGGAAGAGGCGCUGACGGAGCAAAAUAAGUUGAAAAAGCAAAUGGAGAAUGCCGAACGCGAAUUCCAUUCUCAGAAAAAUGAAUUGGCGAACGCACACGCCGAAGAAAAGAAACUGCUUAUCCAAAAACAGUUGCAACUAGAACUAGAAUCGCAAAGUUUGCAAUCACGAUUGAGUAUGUUAGAGCAAGAUAACGGGAAUAUUACGGAAAUAGUCGCGCAAAGAGACGCGCUUAUCUCAAAACUUCAGGAUGAAGUCUCCAAGUCUACAAAUCAACUGGAUAUGAUGAUUACGAAAUAUGAAGAGUUGAACACUGCCUGUGAGGCAUUAACGGAGAAGCAAAAUAUGCGGGAGAAUGAAUUGCUUACAAAAACAGCAACAAUUCAGAAUUUAGAGAUGAUGUUGAAGGCAACAAAGCAAAGGGAGGCAGGUCUUAUUAAUGACGUAAACAAAAUGGACAAAAAAUUAACUGACGAAAUAAAUUAUUCCAAGAAUCUCGAAAAUAAGCUUUCGAACGUGCAGAGGGACUUUCAACUUGCACAAAAACAGAACACUGAGAUACAGCAGACUCUAGAGAGAACUAAGAGCACCAACGAGUCUGCCAAUAUCGACCUGCAGCAGCAAGUGAAGAUUCUUCAAAGGGAAAAAGAAGAAAUUAUGAAACGAGAAAGCCUGAAGGUUAAGAACGCAGAGACUUUGUAUGAAAAUAAGCAAAGCAAACAUGCUGAAGAAGUUUAUACUUUGAAGAACAAUUAUGAAACACGAUUAAAUGAAUUUAGAAAGACCAUAGACCACCUAAAUGAGGUGAUCAAUGGCACCAAGAAAGAAACUAGCGUGCUGAACAAAUCUUUAACGGAAACAAAAGCGGAGAAUAUCAGUUUAAAAAGUAAUUGCGAGUUUCUCACA